AUGUCGAAUGCAUUUUCUCAACAGGUUUGCGAAUCGGGAUUAUUGAAGUUAAUUGAUUCCAAGUCCUUGGAGAGUGAUCUGGAUCCUGAAAAAGUCGAGCAAAUGGCGGGCAGUAAAAGAGAAAUUGAAGCUAAAGUCGAAAAGAUAUUGCAGCUUGUGAAAAGUAAAGAACAAGAGAGAGAAGAUGGAAACAUAUCACGUUCAGAAACGGAUUCAGAACUCGUUGGUCUCAUUGAGGAAUUCCACAAUCAGUACCAAUCGCUCCAUACUCGAUACAGUAAUCUUAGAGGAGAGUCUGGGAGGAGAUCUCGUGGUCGUGGCAGGAAAGAUAGACAAGCUUCAGCUUCACCAAUCUCCGGCUCUGACUCAGACUAUUACUCCUCCGAGGACAUAGAUAUUAAUAAUCACACGUUGACAAAUGGGGAGCAGAAGAUGUCAAAUGCCUCGAGGAAGAAAGAACGUAGAACAGAAAAUUCAGAAGUUAAUGACAGGAAGCAGAGCUCGGUGUCUACGACCGACGAAAAUGAAGCUUCAGACUCUGAUGAAAACCUGGAAGCAUUUAGCAAAACACAGGCAUCGGAUAAGGGCGUGGGGGGCCAGAUAUCUGGAUUAAAGCAUGAGCUUGAAGCCUUGCGUAGCCAGAAAACAGAUUUGGAAUCGCAAUGUGUGAAGAAAACAACUGAAGCUAAGCAGUUAGAGAAGGAGAAUAAAGGACUGCAAGGCCAGAUUUCGAAACUUGAAUUGAUAUCAAAAGAGAGUAAAAAUGAGAUAAGUGAUCUGCGGAAAAAACUGAAGGACAAUGAGAAAAAUUUAAAAUCUAAAAUCGAGGUAUUGAAGGCACAGGUCAGCUAUCUGCAAUCGGAGCUAGAUUCUUCACGUGCUUCAGAAAACAAAGCAACAGGUCUCGUCAAAGGCUUAACGGAUCAGAUCAAUGUAAUGCAACGGGAUUUAGAUUUGCUACUGGAGGGGAAAAACAAAGAAAUUUCCGAAUACCAGAUUCAGGUGAAUAAUCUAAAAGAGGAACAAACCAAAAAGACUGCAGUCGGGCAGAGAAUGCUGACAGAGAAAGAAAGCUUUCUCGUACGGGUGAAGGACCUGGAAUUGGAAUUGGAAUCUUUAAGCGACCAGAAACACAAAUUAGAAGAGCAGUUAGAUAGUAAAAUUCACCACAUGAAACUGUUAAGAGAGGAAAAGAAGAGAUUGCAAGGGAGAAUUGCGGAACUGAGUGAUCAGCUUUCUGCUCUUCAAAGAAAUUAUGAAGGUAGAGAGAAAGAGGCUUCUACUCAGAUUCUAGCUUUAAAUGCACAAGUUCACAAUAUGCAGCAGGAGUUAUAUAAUAUGCAGUCACAGAAAAGUCAGCAGGAUCAACACAUCAUUAAAUUGACAACCAAGUUUGCCGAUCAACAGAGAAUUCUGAAGGAACAAGUGGAAACUAUCAACAAACUAUCUGAGGAGUCGAGACAAGACAAACGACGGAUCUCCGGGUCCAAGAUUAACCUACAAACUGCAGAGAGGAAGAUGUCGGAGUUGGCAGAAGAGUUUCGGAAGACACUUGAAGAUCACAUCCGUGUAUUGUACCGGAGAAUCCUGGUUGCAGAACAAUUACAUAAUGAAAACAAAGACAGCUAUAGGAAGACAAAAGAGAGGCUGGAGGAAGAACAUAGAACGAUUGAAAAAAAGAUUGCAACUCAUGAAAUUGAGUUGAGGAAGCUGAGGGAUUUCUUCCAACCAGGAAGCAAGUCAUUGUCAGGAUUGGACUUAGCAGUGGGGACCGUGGAGGGCAAUGGAGACUUAGUGAGCCGCAUUUCCGAAAUUUCAACAGAACUUGUCUUUGCAAAGAAUUGGGUCAAUGAUACACUAAAUGAGAAAAGGAGAUUGCAGCGAGAAGUGAAAUGUCUAGCUGAACAGCUUGAUGAUAAAGAGGAACAAGAAUCAUUGUUGCGGGAUAAGGUAUUGAAGUUGGAAGAGAAGUUGGGAAAGCAAGGUGUGGAGAAGUUGAAUCUAUUAAAAUCUGUGAGCCAACUUGAGAGACUGUUAGAAGAAUUACAGAACAAUAUAGAAGCCAAAGAAGAGAGAUUAUUGAAUCUUGGAGAAGAGAAGAGGGAGGCUAUAAGGCAGCUCUGCACUUUUAUUGAUUAUUACCGCUGCGACUACUAUCAUCUCAAGGACGAAAUCUCCAAGAAGAUUCUUCAAAUAAAAAAUUAA